CCUAGUUGACCGAGGUGACGUCAUGCACUUUUUGCUGGACUUUUUGACAUUCAUCGACAUGUAACCAACAAAAGCGAUUUCAUAAUACAUUCUUUAUACCUCUUACGACCUACAAGCCACCUACAUAAUCGCCUCUACCUACACGUCCUAUUCAACUCAGUGUUACACACAGUACUACACUCAUCGCUUAUCUUAUCACUUACACGCGUUGCAUCCUAUCAAGCAUCAACAUCAACAUCAGCCGAACACCUACAACCAUGGCCGACUGGGACACGGACGCCGCCCUUGACGGGCACUUGCGCGACCAAAAUGGCACCGCCGAAAAGAAACCGAAGAACGAGCAUAGAUGGAUCUGGUUCGUCACGGGCCCGACGGCAUGUGGAAAGACGACGGUUGCGAAGGCGUUGGCGAAGAAUUUGAAUUUCACUUAUGUCGAGGGUGAUAAUUACCACCCAAAAGCCAACGUCGAAAAAAUGUCCCGCGGCGAACCUUUGACAGACGCCGACAGAGCAGGCUGGCUCCAAGCCCUAGCCGAGCACGAAACCGCCGCGCCACCGACCUCCAAAUCCUCCCCGCAUCUCGUAAUCACCUGUUCGGCCCUCAAGCGUCACUACCGCGACAUUUUGCGUUUGGGAUCCGAGCACGCCGGCGAUUUAAGGGUUCGCUUCAUUUUCCUGAGUGCGCCGGAGAAGGUCCUGAGAGAACGGGCGCAGAAGAGAAAGGGGCAUUUUGCGGGAGAGAAUUUGGUGCAUAGCCAGUUUAACAUCUUGGAGAUGCCGGACCCAAAAAAGGAGGAAGAAGAGGGAGGGGAAAAGGAUGUGUUGGUGGUGGAUGUGGAUGGGAGGGGGGUGGAGGAGGUGGAGAGGGAGGUUUUGGAGAGGGUGAGGGGGGAGAUGGGGAGGGAGGAGGGGGAUUUUUUGAGGUUGAAUUAG